AUGGCCGGCCUACCACCAACCCAGCCAGCAACGCAGAGAGCCCUCGCGAUCCCCGAGCUGCUCGAGGCCAUCCUCUUACACGUCGACACGCGCACCCUCCUCGUAUCCGCACAGCGCGUAGACCACCCCUGGCACACCACCAUCACCACCUCUCCCCUCCUCCAACGCCGACUCUUCUUCCGCGCCGACCCAGCCGCCACCCCCGUUCCCAUCACAAGAGUUGCCACCUUCGACACCACCGAACGCACCCCCGGCCUGCGGCUCGCGGACCUCCUCUUCCGCAUGCUAGAUUGGACCCCUCGCGGCGAACAGGCCUUCACGCGCGGCGGUGCCGCCGCCGCGUCGUGGCGCCGCAUGCUGCUCCGGCAGCCACCGCUGCACACGACCGUCGGGUUCGUCGUCGGCGCGAACUGGGGCGGCGAAUCCGCAAUCGCGCGGUGUUGGAUCGUUCAGGGCGGCACCACCAACAACUCAAACGCUGGGGCUGGAUCAGAGAUACGCAUGGAAGACGUGGUCAGCGCCAUCUUCGACAGCGACCACGUCUGGACCGGCACCGCGAUGCCCCGGUUCGCGGCGUUCUGCGUCUACUGGGCGCCGCUGCCGGCGGCGGUCGCGCAGCUGAGAUUGACGACGGACGACGCGGCGGGGCGGACUAUGGAUGAGUGGGGGCUUGUGGUGCAUUUUGGGUCUGGGUAUGAUCGGUUUGUGUUGUGA